CCGCUCGGGGGUGGUGCUCGCAGGAGUCGAGGCGCUCGGCGCGCUGCCGAGCCGGAGCCGUGGCGUGGUGGCGGGCAGCGGCUCCAGCUCUGGCCCCGGCGGAGGCGCCGAGCAGGAAUCAUUGAUAUACGAAGAUGAAACAAUGAAGAGAAAGCAGAACGAAUAAUAAUGCUUUUCCGAAACCGUUUUCUGUUCUUGCUGGCUUUGGCAGCCUUAUUAGCCUUUUUGAGUCUCAGUCUACAAUUCUUGCAUUUAAUCCCAGUAAACCCCAUCAGGGAAGAUGGGUUGAAUCCUAAAAGCCGAAAGAGAAUAAUGCCUGAUUUGCUGACUGAGCCUCCUGCAAUAGAUCCUGUUUAUGAAGCUCGUGUUUACUGCAAUAUUCCCACCAUUGCUGAACGCAGCAUGGAAGGUCAUGCACCUCAUUAUUUUAAGCUAGUAUCAGUUCAAGUGUUGAUUCGACAUGGCGAUAGGUAUCCGCUAUAUGCCAUUCCCAAGACAAAGAGACCUGACAUUGACUGUAUGUUGCUGCCUAGCAGGAAGCCUUCUCAUCCUCAGCUUGAAGCUUUCAUUAAAUAUAUGUCCAAAGGGUCUGCAGCCCAAAUGGAUGGUUCCCUAAGUAGCCUGCCUCGUUACCCUAGUCAUUCUUUGUGUGAAAUGGGAGAGCUUACACAGACAGGGGUUGUACAACACUUGCGAAAUGGACAACUAUUACGAGAAAUUUAUAUAAGCAAACAUAAACUGCUUCUGAGCGACUGGACAGCAAAACAGGUCUACCUGGAGACGACAGGAAAAAGUCGAACACUGCAGAGUGCAUUGGCGCUGCUCUACACUUUUUUGCCAGAUUUUGACUGGAAGAAAAUUAACAUGAGGCAUCAGUGGAGCACCAUUUUUUGCUCUGGAAGCUGCGACUGUCCUAUGCGAAACCACUACCUAGAAGAGGAACAGCGCAGGCAGUACAGUUUACGGGUGAAAAACAAUGAUUUGGAGAAAAUAUAUGUGGAUAUGGCAAAGAUUGUAGGCAUUCCCACCAGGCAGUUGAGAGCUUCUAACCCAAUAGAUUCUCUCUUGUGCUAUUUUUGCCACAAUGUCAGUUUUCCGUGUACCAAAACUGGCUGCAUUGGUAUGGAACACUUCAAAGUAAUCAAAAGACAUCAGUUGGAGGAUGAGAGAGAAAGACAGGAAAAGAAACUUUAUUUCUUGUAUGCACUAUUGGCUACUCAUCCUCUCCUCAACCAGACUGUUAAUCGGCUGCAGCGUGUUGCAGAAGGCAAGAAAGAAGAAGUAUUUGUUCUUUACUCUGCACAUGAUGUCACGUUGUCACCUGUUCUUAGUGCCUUGGGCAUUACAGAGGCCAGAUUUCCUAGAUUUGCUGCCAGAUUAGUUUUUGAGCUGUGGCAGGAUGGGAAGAGACCCAAAGAGCACUUUAUCCGCAUCCUGUAUAAUGGUGCUGAUGUCACAUUCCAGACCUCAUUUUGCAAGGAUUAUUAUAAACGUUCCAGCAAGCCGAUGUGCCCACUAGAAAAAUUUGUCAACUUUGUCAAGAGGGAUAUGUUCUUAAUUUUUAACAGCACUAGUUAUUAUGAUGCAUGUCGUAGAAGACCACUGUAGGGAAGGAAAGUGAAAAGGAAGCAACGUUAACUUGUGUAUCAGUGGAAGUCUGUAUUCUGGUUGAGGUGCAGUUAACUUUUGUGAUUUCUUGUACUUGUAUGUGUAAGUACAAAAGGGUAUUGCUUGAAACAUUCUUUGAAUAGUUUCAUUUUAAUUCAGACUGCAGAUGGUCUCCAACAGAGGAACAAAUACUGAGGGAGUGUUAUGUAUAUGUGUAUGCUCACAUAUGCUGUGUUAACUGUAAUGAUAAAUCACAUGGGCUACUGUAACCCGGACGUCGCUUGAUGAAGAGUGAGAGAGCAUAGACUUCGUUUCUCUGUAUUCCAGAGCAAUACUUGGAUACCAUAAGUUUAAAACCAAAACCAUUAUUUUUUUCACCACCGUCUCAGUCAUUUUAGGCAGUUUGUGUCAAGGCCUUUAUGAAUUCCAGGCAUCUGCAUUAAACCAUUUGUAAGGAAUUCUUGAAGCUCCCUACUCAGAAAGAAGCCUUUUAAUGUUUAGGGAAGGUCUUUAAAGCAAAGUGCACGUGUAUCUGGGCAUACUUACCUGAGCAUGUACAAAUGAGCGUGUGCCUUUUUGAUCUUGCAGACCUAUAAAUACUUGGCUAUUGUUGCCAGUGCCAGAGAAGGGUGUACUGGAAAAAGGAUACAAAACUCUAUUCUUUGAUUGCACUUUCAGCACUUUGAAUAGUUCAGACACAGUCUAGAAAUAUGUCAAGGUCUUGUGACAUUAAAAUAGAUAGCAAAUGCUAACAUUACCACUAAACCUGAGUGGGAAAUUAGAAGUCAGUUUUAUGGUGAAGUGUUGGGCUCUUUCCCAUUGUGAAUGUGUUCAAGCUGUUGUGUGUGCUAUGGAACAAAUCAGUGUUUUAGGAAUUUGAUACAGUGACUGCUUGAGACCGCUUAACUGAAGACUAAGAAAAUUUUGUAGUUGAGUUAGUAUUUUUAUGGACUAGGAAGCUCUUCUUUUGUAAGAUCAGACUUGUACAUAUUGUACUGUGUAUAUUUAUAACACAGUAGAUCUUUCUUACUUGUUUAGUUUGUAAAGACUUGUGAAGCUCGCUCUUAGGCAUUUUUUUCCCCUUCAUCAGGAUGUUUAGACUUAAGAAUAAACUGUCUUUUAUGGGUAACUUGAACAAUGGGUAGAUAUGAAAACUUGUACUUCAGACUGCUUUCAUCUCUUUAGGAGUAGUAAAUUGAGAACCAAUUUUUAAUAGAACUCAUAGAAAUUUUAUAAUGGUGAAGGUUUUUUACACUUCUAGAAAUAAUUUAGUCUGUGACUUGUGAUUCAAUGGUGCUAGUUUAUCAAAGAAAACAUAACUCAGCAUAAGUUCUCUGACUAUUGGCAUUCCACUCUGUUUUCAAUGCUGCAUUUGAACACAUUUCUUUAAAUAAAAUUUUGGGGACUCUUUGUA